AUGGCCAAGGACGCCCUCGUUGCAAUUCGUGGAUGCCAGCAAAAUGGACAAAUUUCGCGAACCUUUCGAGGCGACGCGGUCACAAUCCAUUACUCCGACGCCUUCUGUCUCAAGUUUCUGCGCCGUCUGGAUCGCGGAGGGUUGCUUCUUCUUUCAUUUCCCUUUUUUCCCACUUCUUCUCAAAGUGGACAUAGGAAGAAGUAG